UAUAAGCUUCCUGUUUACAUGUUUGAGUAGCUAAGUGAGUGGAGUUUUCGUACACUCGUUAAAAUAACGACUAUUUUAUAUGCUAAAGAAUUACAGCUCAAUUAAACAACACCUCAUGCUAGUUCCGCAUGGCUAAAAUUAUUUAAUAGAGCGUCAUUUGCCGGUCACGUAAAUUAUGCAAUUCGCACUUAGCACAGUCAAUACGACGACAGAAAAGUAAAAGAAGAAAAAAAAACUCUUCCAUUCGAGGGAAUCCGAAGACGCAUGGUAAGGUGCUAACUAGCCAACGAUGCGUCACGAGCGUUGCCGUCGAAGUGUCUUCCAAGCAAGAGUCUGAAUGACCAGCUGUGAACCGGUGAAAUCGCAUCUUCGUCGUCGCGGAGCCUCUGUUGCCACGAGCCAGGGUUGAAGCGAUUCCUGCAUUGUUCUCUGCCACAACAUCACUUUCCUCGGAAGUUACACCUUUCCGCGGGGAACCUGAUUCGUUAGAAACUUACUUGGGAAGAAAUUAUACGCGCCUUGAUAACCCAUUUCGUUUAUCGGACCAUGUGUUUGACUUACUGAUUUAUAUUGGGGGACAGCUCAGCGUGCGAAUUGAAAACCGGAAUUUUGGACGAGAAGCCGGUUCUGGGGAGAUAUCCCGAAAAAUUGAACUUGGUGAUAGCUAGAAUAUAUCGCGCCUCUCGGACUGCUACAAGGUCAGUGCUCAUCCAAGUUCGGCCGCGGACGGUCUGAUCUCACAGCUAGCUCUCUCUCACUCUCUGUAAACUAGUGUAACUUGAUGUGGUAGCUCCAGUAUUCUAAUUUACAUAAUUUGGUCGAACCGAUUCUUCAUCAGAUAACAAACCGCGAAGAUGGAAUCUGUAACUUUUAUUGUUAUCUUCCUGGCAGCCGUCUCACUUACUUAUGAAACAAAAAUCACAACGUACUUUUUGCCGAACUACUACUGCGACCCGUCUUUAUGCCAAGGUAGUGGUCCCCAUGUGGCAUGCUCUCCUCCGAAUCCAUUCGGGGCCAGUUGUUAUGGGCGGCAACCCCAGCUGGUGGUCAUGACGGCCGAACUCCGAGCACAGAUCCUGGAUCACCAUAAUCGGCAACGGUCGCUGCUGGCCAGCGGCAAACUGCCCGGUUAUUUGCCGGCGACCAAAAUGCCAACCCUGCAGUGGGAUUUGGAACUGCAGUACUUAGCCGAGGCCAACGCGAGAUCCUGCGAAUAUGGCCACGACAAAUGCCGGAACACGAAUUGGAGCAAAUACGUUGGACAGAACAUCGGAGUGCUGCGGUUUUUCGGGCUGAAGAUCACCAAACCGGAGUCGAUCAAGUACUUCAUCGAUGCUUGGUUCAACGAAUAUGUGUAUGCCCACGCGUAUGUCGACAGCUAUCCAAAGUAUUAUAACGGCCCCCAAAUAGGACACUUUACACAAAUCGUUAGCGAUCGGACAAUCAAAAUUGGAUGCGGAAUGGUCACGUACAAUACGUAUAGUGGGGAUUUGUGGACAAACGACUAUUUUGUGUGCAAUUACUCAUUCACAAACAUAAUCGGACAGCCGGCCUACGUCAAAGGAGCUUCCGCUUCACAGUGCACUACGGGACAGAGCUUCUCCUAUCCGGGUUUGUGCAACUAGUGUAUGGACUGCUUACGUCGUUUGAACCUGAAAUACUCAAUACGAAAUCGCUAUAGUGCUUUCUGUUUUUAUUGAUUGAUGACA